AUAUUACUACUCACUGUUAAUAACUGUUCUUGAAAAUGUUAAGCAAUUGGCGCUGUUAAAUCUGCUGUUUGGAUUUUGCUUGUGAUACAAGAGGAAAAGUAUUUUAAUUAUUUAUUUAUCUUAGUAUGCGUCCCAAACUAAGCAUAAGGGAGGAAGUGGAGCAGCUGUUUGAGAAGAAGUUUCAAUACCAGAAGCCGAAAAGCGAUGUUUGGCUGCUGCCAACACAAAAGCCGCUCUUCAGCGAAUUCUAUCAAUACGAAUCGCUGCAGGAGCUGAAGGAACAGCUUAACAACGUUAAAAGCAAAUUGAAUAAUUAUGGCGUACAAGAGUGGAGCACACAUACAAAUCGCCGUGAUCCAUCGGGCGAGAUUUCCUGGCGACUCAAAAAUGAAACUAAAGCGGAGUUCGUGACUGUAGCUUGGUGCAAGUUCUUCGAGUGUCUGCAUCGUUAUCCACUGGUCACGCAAACGGAAUUGAAUACUCUGCAUCUUUGCGAGGCGCCAGGUGCCUUCAUAGCUGCUCUCAAUCAUUAUUUGCACUCGGUUCACAAAAAGGAAGAGAUUAAUUGGCAGUGGCGUUCCACUACGCUAAAUCCCUACUAUGAGGGCAAUGCGCUGAAUGAAAUGGUAACCGAUGAUCGCUUCAUCUUUCACACGCUCAGCAAUUGGCUCUUCCACAAGGACUUCACUGGAAAUCUACUCAAUGUGGAGAACAUCGCGCAUAUGAUAGAAAUCUGUGCCAAGGAUUUGCCAGCUGGUGUACAAUUGAUAACAGCCGAUGGCUCCAUCGACUGUUCGGCCCAACCAGAUUGCCAAGAGGAGAUUGUAGCGCGACUCUUAUUCGCAGAGAUCUUGAGUGCCCUUCAUAUACUAAGUCCAAAUGGAAACUUUCUUAUCAAAAUGUUUACGCUCUUCGAGGCGUGUAGCGUAUCAAUUAUGUUUAUGCUCAACUGUAUAUUCGAACAUGUGCACAUCUUUAAGCCGGCCACAUCAAAGCGUGGCAAUUCGGAAGUCUAUGUUAUAUGCCUCAACUAUCAAAAGGAUACGUCUGGGUUGCCGCAUGUGCUGGAGGCGAUGCGAGCGAGACUCUUGCAGCCAAACGAUCCAAUGGUGAUGCCUCUGUUUGCCAAAUCACAUAUACCCAAAGAUUUUCUGCUCCAGCACAACGCCGCCUGUCGACUAUUUCUCAAGCUGCAGGAGGACGGUAUCGAGGGCAGCAUCUAUGCGUAUGAGUCCAAGGAUCGCUACUAUUUGCGUCAUCUGCAUCAGCUGCGCGGCGUUGUCUCCUCCAUGUACUACAAUCGCUACAAGGUGCGGCCGCUGGCUGAGGAGCUGUGCAUCGUUCAGCAGGCAGAUAUCAAUAAGGCUUUGGGUUUGUCGGUGCCUUUUUAUGGCGGCUCCUAUACGGAACGAGAGCAUCUGCGUCAGGGCGAUCUGCUGAAGCAAAUCUAUUGCCUGCGUCGCGAGUUUAAUCAACUGGAGAAGUGUUCCACUGGCAUGCGCACCUAUAGCCAUGUCAAGCUACAUGCCAAGCAGCUACAAUUGCAACCAUAUCGAGGUGCCCCAGUCGGACAGCUGCUGAGCAGUUUAUUUGCCUCCGAGCCGGUGCUGCUGUUGCGUUUGCGGCUACUGCAGACAUUCGCGCUGGAUCCGAUUUGGCAAACAGAGUCAAAAUGUUUGCUCUACGAUGGCAGCAAUCACAUAAUGCGCGAAUUUGAUUACGCACCUGCCAACUCGGAUGAUGAGUCAACAUUUUAUAAAGUUCAGCGCCGCGUAUUUGUUGCUUUGGUUGACUCACUGCUAGAGCAACGCCCAGCGAAAAUUGUGUUCCAAUCAUUUCUGUUCCUUAGCCACUAUGCGUCAUCUGUGCUGUUACUCCUGGCGGAGGAAAUCUACGAGGAGACUGAAUUUGAAAAUCAGACAAUUACGUUAACUGGACUAUCCAACGAAGCCAAAGCCAUGGAACAGCUGCAGCAGCUCCAACAACUGCUCAGCGAGGAUGUGACUGAAGGGUUGGAUGCCCUACACAGCCUGUUGCCGCUGCAGCAGCUGCACAAGAACCCCUUUGCCAAUGCUCUGAACCUGUACAACAAUAGUGUCCUGGUCAGUUGCUAUCGCCGCAUGCUCAGCGAGGAGGCGUUUCCGACUCGCUUCAGGCAGGACGAGCCGCUGGAGACGACUGCUAUAAAUGAGAUUGCAACGAUCGUGUGUUAACCGUGUAUUUUUGUUUGUAACAUAAAAAUAUGCUCAACGAUCGUGAGAUUUACUGAAUUACAUAUUUUCUCUUCUUUUUCGUUUUUUGUUUCUUGUAUUUAAAAACAAUUAAUGCAAAUUAAUUUCUACUACAAAUAUUUCUCAAGUUUAUACAAAUUUGACAAGAGCGCGCAUAAACUGAAUUUUUGCAGUUUAUACAUUUCUAUAUAUAUAUUUAUAUAUUAUUAUAUAUAUAUAAUUCCAUCUUUUCUUCUAAGCAAAAUUUGUGUUCAUUUCGUGUUUGUGUGUGUGGGUGCUUGACAAUGCAAGUGGUAGUGUGUGGGUGUAUGCUUAUGUGUAUGUGUGUUUAUGUGGGUGUGUGUGUGUUUGUGUUUUGGGUGCUUCUCAUCAAUUCUCAUCCUGGUUUACAGUUUGGUUUUUUAUAAAA